CAUUCCGACGAUGGAGCAUUUCAAAAUAAUACCAUAACGGCUCACCAUUUUAAUCAAUUAUUGAGUACACCUUGGGGAUUUUCCACCAAUUCCACUUGAUGCUGCUUUUAAAAUGACUUUUAUGGACUCUACUCGAGCGCUGAUCUUUACAUGGAAAUAACAGAAAAUUCCAAGAAAUGGAAGUCGCUGCUAGUAAAAGAAGAAAAGCUGAGUAUCAUCAGGGUUAAUAGCUCCUAUUUGAGAUCCAUGAAUGAUUACAGAGUUACUUUUUUAUAUCGAACUUUCAAGUUUCAUUAAUAAUAUGCUGCCUCUCCAGGACAUAGGUGGGCUCCUCGUACAAAGGUUUAUUCAUCACAUGGAAUAGAAGAGCUAGAGGAACAAUGGCUUCAAAGGUCUCAUGCUUAUACAUUUUGACAGUAGUUUGUUGGGCAAGCGCUCUUUGGUACUUAAGUAUAACUCGUCCUACUUCUUCCUACACUGGCCACAGACAGGUCAGUAGCAUAUCCAUAGCCAGAAAAAACGUUUCCUUUGGCAACAUAAGAACUCGACCUAUAAAUCCACAUUCCUUUGAUUUUCUUAUCAAUGAACCCAACAAAUGUGAGAAGAACGUCCCUUUCUUGGUCAUUCUUAUCAGCACAACUCACAAAGAGUUUGAUGCAAGGCAAGCCAUUCGAGAAACAUGGGGAGACGAAAACAACUUUAAAGGAAUUAAAAUCGCCACACUAUUUCUUCUUGGAAAAAAUACAGAUCCUGUGUUAAAUCAAAUGGUAGAGCAAGAAAGCCAAAUUUUUCAUGACAUUAUCGUGGAGGAUUUUAUCGACUCUUACCAUAACCUCACUCUGAAAACAUUGAUGGGGAUGAGGUGGGUAGCAACGUUUUGUUCAAAAGCAAAGUACGUUAUGAAGACAGACAGUGAUAUUUUUGUAAAUAUGGACAAUCUUAUUUAUAAGCUGCUCAAACCUAACACCAAGCCAAGGAGAAGGUACUUCACUGGUUACGUUAUAAACGGAGGACCAAUAAGAGAUGUUCGCAGUAAGUGGUACAUGCCGAGAGAUUUGUAUCCCGACAGCAAUUACCCACCCUUCUGUUCAGGCACUGGCUACAUUUUUUCAGCUGACGUAGCAGAACUGAUUUACAAAACCUCCCUUCAUACCAGACUUCUUCAUCUUGAAGAUGUGUAUGUUGGACUUUGCCUUCGGAAACUGGGCAUUCACCCCUUCCAAAACAGUGGCUUUAAUCACUGGAAAAUGGCCUACAGCUUGUGCAGGUACCGCAGGGUGAUCACAGUACACCAGAUAACACCAGAAGAAAUGCACAGAAUUUGGAAUGACAUGUCCAGCAAGAAACAUCUUAGAUGUUAAGAUUUUUACAGAUGUAAAUACCUUUUUUUUUAAUUUUGGUUUAGUCGGGUUAUUUUUUGACAAAGUGAUCUGCUGAUUUACAAGUUAAACUGUGGGAUAUUAACUGUGAGAGGAUUUUUAUGACUGAUUUUUCAUUCUCACUUUGACUUCUGGUUUACAAACUUCAGGCUCUUUUUGGUAAGGACAUUACACCAACCGAAAGGAACUCGAGUCAAGUCUCAGAUUUUGUAUAUUAUCAUCUAUCACACAUAUCAGCUCUUGCAUCUGUGUGCAAAAGGACAGUAAUAAGCUAUUAUGAGCUGCUUAACAGUUCAUGCCCCAGCCUCUGAGGUAAGACUCAGACCCUAAGAAACUUUUAUUCUUUUUUGACACCCUACAACCGUCUCUAUUUAGAGCUGUGUUAAUAAAUUAAGCAGUCUACAUUUGCACUGAAGUUAUAUACCUACCUUGACAUGUAUAUUUGAUAGUACAAUGUGUGCAGUUCCCAAAUAGCUUACUGAUGGUGUAAUAGCAGAACUUAGACAGGUAAGAACAUCAAAGUCCCAUUGGCCUUAGAAACAAACCCACACACUGAAGUAUAUUUUCAUCUACCAAAUGAUAUUUCUUUAAUUUAUUUCAGAAGACAGUACGUUUCUUUACACUUCCUCAAAUAGCCCAUAAAAUAUGUAACACAGUUUAAAAAUUCAGUAGAAUUU